AGUAGAUGUUUCUCUUCAGCAGGAGAAAGACCUUAUAGUGGAGCGUUUCCUCUGUAGGUUGUGAAUCUGAGUUUAUGAACAUGUUAACGCAACAAAUACUUGCAUACUGCAAGAAAGACGUUUUCCAUGAGAAAACUGACGCAGCAGUGCAGAGUUUGCUCAAAAAUAGCAGGAUAAGUCAGGGGUAAUACCCAGACAUGGCACACAGAGCUGUGAUACAGUGUGUUAUCGCACACUGCUGAUUCACUGUGUGUUUUGAAGAGUGGUGUAAGCAUGUGUGUGCACGCAUAUGCUGAAGUGGACGCACAUGUAGCUGAGUUGCUUAUUCACCCCAGGAUGACGCAUGUGAUUAAGACGACUGCUGAAGCCGCCCAGACAGGCUGCAAAAACACACACACAUAUAUAUACGUGAUGCUUCGCAGUAGGAUUAUGCAGUUAAACCUGUGAGUUCAAUCUGCGGCUGGUGGCUAAUACCUUCUAAGGAGGUUUGCAGUGGACGGCGGCGUUCUGGACUGCUAAUACUGUGUGGACAUGUCCCUGUCUGCAGUGUAGGAGAGGUCACCAGACAAUCUGUAGUCAGUCUGUGCACAGAUUUGUUUUAGAAAGUAUUUCUGUGCUGUUUUACUCCACACAUCUGCCUUGUACUGCACAAAGGAAUACAGUUUUUGGUUGCUACUGGAUUUGAAACUUAAAGUAGGUUGUAAGAAAGAAGAUUAAAGGGGUUGAAGUGCAGCAGGGUCAGACAGGUCUAAGGAAACCAAUAUGCCAAUAUGCUUCUGGACAUUAACGGAAAAAUGGUUUCAGCUACAGAAGAAUGUGUAGGACCAAUGAGACUGACCCAAGAGCCAAUUCAGGUCCUGCUGGUGUUUGCCAAGGAGGACAGCCAAAGCGAUGCCUUCUGGUGGGCAUGUGACCGCGCUGGCUUCAGGUGUAACAUCGCACGGACACCCGAGUCGGCCGUUGAGUGUUUCCUGGACAAACACCAUGAGAUAAUCGUUAUCGAUGGACGUCACUCGCGCUACUUUGAGCCUGAAGCAGUCUGCCGGAUGGUCCGUGCCACAAAGCCCUCUGAAAACACAGUUAUUCUCGCUGUUGUGCCACAAAAACCGCCUGACCAGGAGGAGCCAUCUGUUCUUCCUCUGCUCUGCGCUGGAUUUAGCAGAAGGUUUGUGGAGAACAGCAGUGUAUCAGCCUGCUAUAAUGAGCUCAUACAGAUCGAACAUGGAGAGGUGCGCUGCCAGUUCAAACUCAGGGCUUGUAACUCUAUCUUCACUGCUUUGGAGCACUGUCAGGAGGCUGUGGAGAUCACCAGUGAGGACCACAUUAUACAGUAUGUGAAUCCAGCAUUUGAACGGAUGAUGGGCUACCACAAGGGGGAGUUGAUCGGGAAGGAACUGACUGAACUUCCCAAGAGCGACAAGAACAGAGCUGACUUGCUGGACACCAUCAACACCUGCAUCAAAAAAGGAAAGGAAUGGCAGGGCAUUUACUUUGCCAGAAAGAAGUCCGGCGACAGCAUACAGCAGCAUGUGAAGAUAACACCAGUUAUCGGUCAAGGAGGGAAAAUUCGACAUUUUGUAGCCAUCAAGAAACCUCAUAUUGACAACAAUAAUCAGGUCCACAAGUUCAAUAAGGAGGAGAGAUGCAGCGGGGAGCAUUUUCAGUCAGAGUGUCAUUCUCUACGUCACAGAGACAGGAGGAAAGAUUCAGUUGACGCCAGAUCGCUCAGCUCCCGUGGCAGUGACGCUCCCAGUUUACAGAAUCGAAGAUAUUCCUCUGUGGCCAGGAUUCACUCCAUGACUAUCGAGGCUCCCAUCACCAAGGUAAUAAACAUCAUCAAUGCAGCCCAGGAGAGCAGUCCGGUGACAGUGGCCGAGGCUCUGGAUCGAGUGUUGGAGAUCCUGAGGACCACCGAGCUCUACUCUCCUCAGCUCGCCUCCAAAGAGGACGACCCCCACACCAAUGACCUGGUCGGGGGGCUCAUGAGUGAUGGGCUGAGGAGACUCUCUGGGAACGAAUAUGUUUUCUGCAAGAAUAUGAGCCAGAGCCAGCUGGCCAUCCCAGUCACUUUGAAUGACGUCCCUCCAUCCAUCGCCGAGAUGCUGAAUGAUGAGGAAUGCUGGGAGUUCAACAUCCUGGACCUGGAGGCAGCUACACACAAAAGACCUCUGACUUAUCUCGGCCUCAAGAUUUUCACCAGUUUCGGAGUGUGUGAGUUCCUGAACUGCUCGGAGGCGACGCUGCGCUCGUGGCUGCAGCUCAUCGAGGCCAGCUACCACUCGUCCAACUCCUACCACAACUCCACACAUGCUGCAGACGUGCUGCAUGCUACUGCCUACUUUCUACGCAAAGAGAGAGUCAAGAGCAGUCUGGACCAGCUGGAUGAGGUGGCAGCGUUGAUAGCAGCUACAGUCCAUGACGUGGAUCACCCCGGCAGGACCAACUCCUUCCUGUGCAACGCAGGCAGUGAACUGGCCAUCCUCUACAACGACACGGCAGUGCUGGAGAGCCACCACGCUGCGCUCGCUUUCCAGCUCACUGUGCGCGACAGCAAGAGCAACAUCUUCAAGAACAUCGACAGGAAUCAGUUCCGAACUCUGCGUCAGGCCAUCAUUGACAUGGUUCUGGCCACAGAGAUGACCAGACACUUUGAACACGUCAGCAAGUUUGUCAACAGCAUCAACAAGCCGAUGGCUGCCAUCGAAGAGACCAGCACAAGUAGCGUGAACAGCGACUGCGAGGGUCAGGCCAACAUCCGCAACUCUCCAGAGAACCGUCUGCUGAUAAAGAGGAUGCUGAUCAAGUGUGCAGAUGUGGCGAACCCCUGCAGACCGCUGGAGCUGUGCAUCGAGUGGGCCGGACGGAUCUCUGAGGAGUACUUUGCACAGACAGAUGAGGAGAAGAGGCAGGGGCUGCCAGUGGUGAUGCCAGUGUUUGACAGGAACACCUGCAGCGUGCCCAAAUCUCAGAUCUCCUUUAUAGACUACUUCAUCACUGAUAUGUUUGACGCCUGGGAUGCCUUUGCCAGCCUUCCUGGUCUGAUGGAGCACCUGUCAGAGAACUACAAGUACUGGAAGAACUUGGAUGAGAUGAAGUGUAAGAGCCUGCGUCCUCCCCCUCCUUCUUGACCAAAUCCCCUUCUCCUCCUCUCACCCAUCGCUCGAAGCAGGGUAGGACAGUGAACGCGCCCCUGCUGGUGGAACUAUUAGUGCUUUCAGCUGUGAUCUGACAGCACUCUGGCGUCCCAGGACAAGAAAAUCGGCCAAUAGGGGACUCUGAGAGCUGACAUCGCUGACUAACGAACACUGAGGCGCUGUUUCCAUCUCAAAUCACAGCUUCAUUUCUUGUAUGGUUGUAGCUGGAGGUGGUGUUCUGCCAGUGGAGGGCAGGUUGUCAUUUGAGGGCCCUGUCGACUCUGUCGCCACUUCAUGGCCCCGUGAAGUAUUCCUUAUAGCACCUCUAUGAGACUGUGCAGACUUCAUGACUCACCUGACAAUCUGUACUUAACAGUGUACCACACCAGAAACCUGCACUUUAGCCAAUCAGACAUUUUAAUUUUGAGCUCCUUUUUGCUUAGUUUGCUUUUCACAGUUAAUAAUUUCUUCAUUUUAUUUUAAGAAAUGGUUUCAUCCAAUAUCUGUAUAUUGCUGUAAAAGAAUAUGGACAAUGACAAGUGACAAUAGCUAGAGACACUGACAGAAAUAAGUAUCUAGAGUCAUCUACUCGUCCUUUUCACUGAAUGUGAGUGCACAUGUUCAAACUGUUUUCAAAUUGCCAACUUGUGAAGGUGCUCAGCAGGAAUUAUUCAUUCUUAUUAGCUGUGAAACGACUAGGAGACAUCUUGACUUGUCUCUGGGACCAAAUUCUUGGCAGUCUCUGUCAGCUCUACAAAGAAAAUACUUGUUGGAAACAUUUAAGAUAGUCAGCUAAGAAUGAAGGAGCAGUGCCAGCCAGCACACAGAAACUCUAUGUCCAGCCCCUUAUAUAUACAGAGGUGACAUCAAAGAAGGGCUGUUUUUGUGGUGAUAACUGGAUUUUAAGGUCAUGUAGCUGCAGAAUAGGUUGUGAAAUAUCUCACCCAAUAACCUACUAUUUACAUUUUUCGUAUCACCAUCCUCUGUGCACUGUGAAAGCAGCCAGUGUGGACAAUGGAGAUCUUCGUCAGAACAAAUGGAGGAGCAGAAUUGCACUGUAUCGGAGCUGUUAAGUUACAUUCAUAGCUUUGUGACACUAACUGUAGACGUUUGGACCCAAAAAUGGAGUAGAAACAAAUCCUACAUGAGAGCAUCUGAGCAGCAUGGGCGUUGUAUGUGAAGCAAAACUGUCGACCUUUGUGGCUGAUAGAUGUAUAACAGCGCAGCAGAUCCAGGUUUAGAUCCACCUUGUAAAAGCUGCAGAGCCAGCAUCUGCUCCUUAAACUAAUCAGCACCACCACUUAUGCGGUUUUAGUUAAAGCAAUUUUACUGCAUCUCAAAUCCUGCAACCACAACUUUCUACAUGUACAUGAUUUUCAAUUUUUUUUUGGAUUCACUGACGUAGACAGUAAAGUCCAUGAGAUGGCGGGAUUUGUAUGAGUUGCCUGCCCUCUGGUGGCGAUCUAGAAGGGGUGCAUAGUAGUUUUUGUUAUGAUACAUUGUAAGUCAAAUAACAUCCAUGAGAAAUUAUUGAUUUAACAGCUGUUAUGGGAAUGAAAUGUCAGCUAUUUAACCCUCUGAACCCCAAUUUUUUACAUUUUUGUUCACUGUGAGCUAAUUUUUCACUGCAAUAUAAAAUCUUGCACCUCUAUGAAAACGGCACCAUGGAUACAAGCAGACCAAACUUUAAAAUGUCUUUUGUUCAGUUAAACAAAGUUAUAAUGCCAUAAAUCAUAAAAAGAAAAAAAUGAAGUUGAAUGUCUUAAAUGAUUUUGCAAAAAAGAGAGAAAAAAUGGAAUUUAAAAACAAUUUCCUAAGUGCCCAAUAGAAGAAAAAAUAUUACAAAUAUGUUAUAUAGCACAUCGUUGUGUCAACACGGCCUGCAGUUCAGCCGAAUAGUCUCUAAAUUAUUGUCACCUGACGGUUGGGUGCAGUUUCUCAAAUGUGCCAAUGACCUGAAAAUGUUUGUUUUUUUAGAGAAUUUGCUAAGGGUGAAUGGUGUAUCUGUAAAUGAGAGACGUAUGUUACCGUUCAAAAGGUUGAAGUCACUUAGAAAUGUCCUUAUUUUUGAAAGAAAAGCAGUUUUUUUUUCAAUGAUUACAACGAUAAAUUAAUCAGAAAUACAGUCUAGACAUUGUUAAUGUGGUAAAUGACUCUUCUAGCUGGAAACGGCCGACUACGCUGCCAAGGAAGGCAGUAGAGUUAUGUGACAAUCAGCGUACGUUUGUCCUUCUGUCUGUGCAUAAAAUUAUUCAAAAACGGAUUAACGCAUUUGGAUAAAAUUUUCAGGGAAGGUCAAAAAUGACACAAGGACCAAGUGAUUAGAUUUUGGCAGUGAUUUGGCUUAUAGUCUGGAACCACGGAUUUGUUAUGGAUUUCUGUAUCAUGUGAGAUAGCGAGACAGCGUCACUAAUUAUGACAAGUGAACGCUACCUCCACUGCCUGCUGACGAUCACGAUUGCAACUCUACUGAAAAUCGACCACUUAUCGGCACUUAUCUGUCGGAAAUUAUACGAUGACAGAGCAGCCUUGGUGAAGUACUGCACUCGUUUUAUGUUUUUAGUGGAAUAUCUACAUAGGAGUACAGAGGCCCAUUUCCAGCAACCAUCACUCCUGUAUGCUAAUGCUACAUCGUGUUAGCUAAUGGUGUUGAAAGGCUAAUUGAUAAUUAGAAAAGCCUUGUGCAAUUAUGUUAGCACAUGAAUGAAAGUGUGAAUUUGCAUGGAAAUCAUGAGAUUUGCCUGGGUGACUCCAGACUUUUAAAGAGUAGUUUACAUUAAGUGAUUUUGAUAAAAUACCACAAAGGUAUUCUGAAGAAACAGAAUGAGAAGUUCAACUAUCGGAAAGUUUGAAAUUCACCGAUCCUUCUGUUUUCAAGCUUCUGGCUCUGGUGUAAUUUUGUUUAGUUUAGUUUUUUUCUUUUUAAAGAACAAGCCUUUCAAACCUUUCAGCGGGUUUUAGGGUUCAGGGGGUUAGACAAAAGCUGAUGACUUUAAAAGUAUAACUGCACUGGAGACCACUAUUGCCAGCAGCAGAAAAUUUGAUAUUUUUUGGCAAAUUAAGAAAACUUAAAACAGUGGUUAGUGGCUAAGUCUAUCAAUAUCCAUAACUAUUUUUAUGGUGAAAUUUUGUAUUUUCAUCAUAUUUACCUCAGUGGAGGUCAUGUAGAAGGAUGUGUAGCUCUCUGUGUACAGUAAGUGUGUAUUUAUCCAGAGGAUACACAUUACAGUAUUAACCAAAGGCAUAGAGAGCUCUUUAAAAGGUGCCUUAUUCUUUUGUCAUCUUUACACCUGCUAACUAAAGUAUUUUUGUUCAAACAGUUCCUCCUCUAUAGAAUUAUAAGAAAAGCCAUACGCGUUUUAGAUAUUUAUUUUAAGCUGUGCUACAGUUUUGAGUUGGUGAGUCAGUGCUGAUGGUUCGGUCACGAUGGUCCUGACAUUUUAUCCUGUGUUUUGUACAACUUUGAGGUUUUUAAAGACAGAAACUGAAUCAGUGCAAUUGGAUCAAAUACCAUAAAUGCUUCAGUUGACUUUAAAACUGUUCACAUCCAUGUUCAGUGUAUUCACAAAUACGUAGUCACUCUGUUGAUGAUCAAGGUCUUAAUCGACGCCUUAAUCUUGUCACGUCUCACUGAUAAGGUCUGCUAUUGUUGCAAUACACUGUAAACUACCUAAUGUACCUGUUGUUCCUGUAAAUACUCAGCCAACAUCAUUUCUGCUUUGCAUUUUACAUAUUUUGCUUAUGUAACUUUUGUUUGUUUUGGAUGUUACAUGUUGCUGUUGAUUUCCAAAAUUUCUAAUUUUUUACAGUGACUUGAAAUGCAGCUCCACAUCUGAAUGUUUCAUAGCUGCUAUCACUGAUCAUGAGAAGAUAUUUUUGCAAGUCUAUAAAGAAGAUUUCUAUUGACAAAGACAAUUUAAAUAUUUCAGAUUUACAUGUCAACCAUGCCUUUUCUAUGAGUAGCAAUGACUGGAAUAUGAUGAUUUUAAUUGCAAUAGAUGACAGUCAGUCAGUUAAUGCCUCUCAUUGAGACUAUUGAGGCAGAACCAGAUUGUCUAACUGCUUGUUAUGAAAUGAUAAGCCUUCAUCACUUAGUCAUUUCUAUUUCCUCUCCCUCAUCUGUGACACUGAUGGCCGUGACUGCGAGAACGUGCCAAUUCUGUGUUUUGUAUAAUUUAUAAAUGGAACAACAAUUAGAAAGUGAUAUUAUAUGCAGUACAAAAAUUAUUUUUCAAACAAAUGAUCAAUAUCGGCUAUGAGAAGCAAAGCGUGUGUUUUGAAAGAUUUUACUGCCUCAAGCUUAGUAGUUACAAAGCUUUAUGUUAGAGUCACCUAAAAACUGUCCAUGUUUGUUUGAAAAGUUUAAUGUAUUUUUGAUCUGUCUGGAUUAUGUCUUACUUUGAUGUUUUCUGUCAAACACGAAAAUGUAUUGUAAGAGAUGAUUAAAGCAUUCUUUAAAUAUGAAA